UCAGGGCUGACUCUGCCGCGUCCGGAACCCUUCUUGAUUUCGCCUAUUGUCAUGCAUGCCGUGAUGCCAGUGUGAUGCCCGUCAUCACGUCAUCUUACAACAGCUAGAAGUCGUCGGUGAGCCAACCAAAACCACCUUUGGGGCUCCGUUGGCUUUGUUCUAUUGCAUCCUUCAUCCCUGGUGGGAAUCAACCGAGAUGGAGAGUUCCCGGGCUUGCUGCCCACCGUCUUGGUGUAUACUACUCUGUUCAGUGGAACGCUAGAACGGGGAUGUGAUGGUUGAUGGUGCGUGCCAUUCGAGGCAGAAGCGACCAAGUCAAUACUCGAGACCGACUGCGUUCUUCCCCUCCUUCCGUAAUGGGCCCUGCUUGCCCAUGCGUAAAUCAUUUAUCCGUACAUGUGCACCUCACUCUCACGCUCCCAAAGAGGGGAGGGGGGGAAGGAAAAGGUUAGGGAGGUCGCACAACAUCGUAUUUCGCGACAGCAGGCGGGCGGAACCCCGAGGAUUCCCUCCCUGCAUGGCGUCCCUCCAAGCAGGUGUCUUGGUGAAACACACCCCUCGGGGCCCUGUAUGUCAGACACUUCUAGAGCUUCCCUACGGAAGGAAAGCAGGAAAUUGGAGCGAGGUGCCCUGGAGAAAGGGGGUUUUUUUUUUUAUCAAACACCUUAGUGCAGCCUUCACUUGCGGGAUUGAGUUUCCUUUCCCGGCGCUGCAUAGGCCUCGCCUUGACGAUGGCACUUUGGGGAGUGUCCGAAACUAACGGCGUGCUUGGCGGCGUUGGGCCGCCUAUGACGUAAUCUGCCUCUCCGUCCCCUCUCUACGUCGCGUGUGUAGCGCGGCAGAGG